AAGCGCUGCAGAGCUUCCGGCAAAGAGACGAUGUCGUCUAGCCGACCUCGAUCAAGGAUUCCUCAAAUUUUGUACGACGAAUAACGAAAAGCAUGGCAUCUCGAGGUGGCACUCACGUUAGCGGCACGGAUGGCAGCGAUUUCAACCAUCGACAAAAAGUGGCAUCGCACUACCAGAUCAGUGCCAUUUACAAGACAAGGCUAAAGACUGCAAUGCUGCUGCACUUCUUCCUGUUUCUGGCCAUGUGCGCCAAGCUAGCCGAGGACGUGCUUGAUCGGCUGGACGUCUUCAUCCUUGAGCUGGAGGAGCUGUACAUACCGAAGCCCCUGCUUUGGGAGUGGGUCUGGCUGGCCAGCCUGGUCUUCACAGUGCCGGGCCUCACAGCUGUACGCCGCAAUCGUGCCAGCAACAUGAAGGUGUACGUUGUCGGCACGUUCCUCCUGGGGCUGUGUCCCGUGAUCGGAGCGGCGGCCUACUUCUUCCGCGACAUGUACGGCUUUGUGCAGCAUGGUCAUGCCGUUGAAGGUGUUGAGUUGUGGCAGGGUUACCCUGUGGCAGUCCUCUGGUAUGCCUUCCUCACCGUGGCCUUCCAGGCCCACAUGUUCUCACUCUACUUUGGCGUAAGGCUCAUCCUGGCCUGGCAACGUGGAACAGUCGUCAAGAAAGCCAAGUAACCAUGCUACGUGCCCACGUUGCUCUGCAGGUGCACACUCAUUGCAGCGUCCUGUAUGGCUGACCUUGUGCAGCAGUCUUCCUUCUUUCCUUCUGUCCAUACACGUGUGGAGUGUGCUGGAUCAGUGUCACAGUUGUCGGUUGCUGACCAAGUGCGGACUGCAGUGAGCCAGCCAACUCGUCACCCAGUGCAAACCCUUCUACCCAACUCAGGAGCCUUUAAACACACUGUCAACUACUGCCAUUUCUAUUGAACCCGUUGUCUGUAGUUCCAGCAUGGCCUUUUUCUUUGUCCAAAAUCAUGCUGCCAGAAUAAAGUGUUGCAGUGCUUGCUUCUGGCUUCCUAGGUCUGUAUGCCAUAUAGUCAGUUUCUUCAACAAGACAGUGUACCCGAAAUGAGUCAAUCAAGCUUAUUAAGUGUUGAUACGAUGGCCACAGCUCAAUGAGAUUUGCUCAGUGUAGGUCAUUGUAGUAGUAUUCUGUGCCAUACAGUUUUUUAUACCCACAGUUAAAUUGCAGUUAGUAUAUAUAUUGUGUCUAUCGUUCUUAUUGUCAUGUGCAAGUGCUUCCUAUAUAUGUAGAGGAUCUAUGUAACUCAACCCCUGGCAUCCCCUGCUGGAAAUUACAGCUAGGGACAACCUUGGCAACUGGGAACUUUGGCACUGCUGCAGUGCACCAUAGUUUCUUGUGCAUCCUCUGUGAAGACACGUUUGCAGCAAGUUUUGCAGGGAGAAGUGACCAUUCUCGGAAUGUGGCGUCUCCUGACAAUUUCCAGGGGACCACGGGAAUGCGCAUCUGUGUUGUGUGUUGUGCCUUCCUGGUGUCUAGUCCAUGUGCACAAAGCUUGGUGUUCUGUGGUGUCACGAACAAUUCACAAGUAAACGAAAAUUUUCAUGAGGAUGUUCUUCCCUAUACGCGACUACAUGCACAAGCUUGUGCUGAGCUUGACACUGGCAAACUCAUUAAGACAUCAGCCCCUCAAGAUGUUUGCCAUUGUAGUUCGGCAUAGCUCAAGUUUGGUGAAUCGUUAGUCCUUUUUUUUUAAUUUAUGGUAUUCGGUUACGUUAUGAGGAUUGCAAGACAUGCAGCUCCUGCAUAUGAUGUACCAUAGAUCAGUUUUAGGUGCUCUUAAGAAGGUUAUGUUCUCAUAAAAUGCCUGGGACGAGCCAAGAACAGUUACAGGCUGAUGUCUUCACAUUAUUCUGGUGUUGCAGCCAUGUCUUGCAGGUUUGCUGCCUUGCUUUGAAGCUUUUCCUGUGUGCCUUAUGUGAGCCUUGUAUAUGUUAUAAUUGUAAAGCUUUGUAUUCCCAUGUGUGAUUAGCAAAUAGUCUUAAAUGUGCGAGCCUAUAGUAGGUGGAUUGGUUAUGACUCAAACAGCCUGUUUUUCAUCACUCCUGCAAGUUAUGUUUUCUGGCACAACUUGGCUGAAAAAUUGGUCUUCAGGUAGUAACAACAUCACGCUUAUCACUCAUUGCAUUGCUACUUCAAGAAUGUCGUGGUUUCACCCAAAAUAUAUAUGCCAUUGGUAUGGGCAGUGAAACUGUGUACUGUUUGUUGUUCUAAGUGCAUAGGAACAAGAUGCAAAGACAUUGCAAAGCUCUGCAGUAUGGGCAGAUGCGGUUAGAUAUGUUGCUAUUCAUGCAUAUUCUUGCCAUUGCUUUCUACCCAUUCGUGAAAGCUGCGACACGGUGGAAACUGCAGCAGAUGUGCAGACUGGAUAUAAAAUAGUGCUUCAGUCAAAAGCAGCAGUCUUCGAAUUGAUGUGCAUAAACAUGUCUAUAUGAAAGAGGUUUGUCCCCACAGGCACUUGGGUGAGCCAUGAAUUGGCAGACCCAGUGAGACAAGUGCACUUAGAGUAAAUCGUCAGGUCUUCAAUGGCUGCUUCCCAAAGGUAAUUUAGUUAUAUGACAAGAUUUCACACUGUUUGGUUAUACAGCUUGUGCAGCCAAAUAUACAAGACUAGUGGUGAGAGGGCAUCUGCUGACUGCCAUUGUACGCUGAGAACAGCAUUGAAACCUGAAUGAUUGUUUUAUUUCUUGCGGCCUAAUGUGUGCAAAAUAAAUUCAUAAUGUGCUGACAGAGGAUGCUUGCAUGAUUGCUUGGAGAAAUGAAAAACUUGAAAAUGGCUGCCAUUUGUGUGAUGUUUCCAUGUGGUGCGAUGGUGUAUUGUGCGCACAUGUGUGUGCUUGCAAUAUGUGGGCAUUGCUGUGGAGUGAUUUCUUGUAUGUGCAAGUGUGGCUCUGUUGGUGCUCCUUGUUGGAAGGAAACUUCAGAUACUCCCGAUUCCUUGGCGGGCUUGCUUUGGGGCUUGCACAGGUGUGCGGACUGUGAAUGCUGCAGGGUGUGUUUCAUUACUAAAAACGGAUUGAUACAUUGUCCAACUUAUUACUGCCAGCUUUUGUGACAAUGUGUAUGUAUGAAACCAUGGCGCAAUAAAUUAUUCCAGUUUGUUGGUA